GUUAGGUCUUGAAUCAGAUAAUGGGUUGGUUUAGAAUGGUUCUCUUCCUUGUAGUAUGAUGCUUUGUAAUCUUUUCCCUUAUCAAUGAAGCACAAGUUUCUUUAAAAAAAAAUAUAUAUGUAAUGAAUAGUCCUACCACACCACGGUAGAUUUGAAAACUUAGUGAAAUUAUCCACAAACGAUGAUUCGAAAAAAAAAAAAAAUGAGUCACCAAAGUUGAAAGUUCACUUCACAGUUCACACGUUGAUUUUUGCAAUAAUAGUAUUUGCGUUAGGAAUCUGACAAAUAAUAAAAUUGAGAUUUGAGAUUUGCGUUUGGCUAAUGUCAAACAGAUCUACAACAACCAAACUAACCUCAUUUCCCCUCCAUUACUCCUCUCUCCUCUUUUAGUCCAAAUCGUCAACUUCCAUUCUCUCUCUUUCUCUGCACAAUUGGGUUUGGAACGAGGGAGAUUCUCUCUCUCUAACAAAUCUGGAGAAAUACUGAAACUCCCGAAAUGGGUAAAGGGUCUUUGAUCAUAUACAUAACCAUAGCAUUGGCGGUGCUCUUGCUGGUUUCUCGAGCUCCAAGGAAAUCCUCCUCCCACCACCGCCAUCGCCGCCUCAAACUCCGCUCCAAUUUCACAUUCGCUCCUCCCACUCUUCCCCACCACCAACAACAGCAUUCUGCUGCUGCCCACCACGAGCCCGUUCCCUUUGAUCCCCUCGUAGCCGACCUCGAGCGCCGCCGUGAGGACAGGGAGUGGGAGAAGCAGUACAUCGAGCAUACUCACCCGGAAUUAGCUCACCACGAGCCUGCCCCGGGGGAGGAGUACAUGAACGCCGAGGACUACUUAAACGAUGAGGAGAAGUUCAAUGUGACCAAUCGGUUGUUGGUCUUGUUCCCCAAGGUGGAUGUGGACCCUGUGGAUGGGUUCGUUACCCUCGACGAGUUGACUGAGUGGAACCUCAAGCAGACCCAGACUGAAGUGUUGCAUAGGACCAAGAGGGAAAUGGAGCUUCAUGACAAGAACCAUGAUGGGCUUGUUUCUUUUGCUGAGUAUGAUCCCCCCAGCUGGGCUCGCAAUACAGAUAAUGGCUCUUUCGGCUAUGAAAUGGGUUGGUGGAAAGAAGAGCAUUUUAAUGCAUCAGAUGCAGAUGGUGAUGGUCUUUUAAAUAUUACAGAGUUCAAUGACUUUCUGCACCCAGCUGACAGCAAGAAUUCAAAGUUACUUCAAUGGUUGUGCAAGGAGGAAGUAAGAGAAAGAGAUACUGAUAAAGAUGGAAAGGUUAACUUCAAAGAAUUUUUCCACGGGCUCUUUGAUAUGGUGAGAAACUAUGACGACGAAAGUCAUAACGUUACACAUCAUUCCGAUGAUGAUUCAAUGGAGGCCCCAGCUAAAGUAUUGUUUGCUCAACUUGACAAAGAUGGUGAUGGAUAUGUGUCAGACAUAGAGUUGCUACCUGUUAUUGGGAAGCUACAUCCAUCAGAACGUUAUUAUGCAAAACAGCAAGCAGAUUACGUGUUAACUCAGGCAGAUACUGAUAAAGAUGGGCGCCUGACUUUGACAGAGAUGAUUGAGAACCCUUAUGUUUUCUACAGUGCUAUUUUCAACGACGAUGAAGAUGACUAUGAGUAUCAUGACGAGUUCCGUUAAUUUAAUGUUAGGGUUCCAAAACGACAUUGACUAGAUACAAUUUUACUCAUGCAAUACAGAAUUGAGCAGCACUGCAAAUUUCAACAGUAUCAUGAGUGGGUUUCAUGAUGGGGUUGCCACAUGCCAUAACUAAUUGAGAAAUAUUUACAAUUAAAUUAGCUGCCACUUACUAAUUGUUUCUUGGUGGCAAUCUGAGGGAGUGGUCUCUAUUAAGAGACUUUUACAUUUUGGCAAAGCAACAUUUGAUAGAACUUUCUAACUUUUCUAAUCUUCAUAUUUGUCUAGCUGUCAUACAUGUACCAUGUAAUAUAUAUAUCAGAAUUGUUCAGAGUGGAACAAUGUAGUUUCUUGAGGCCUCCAGUUUUCUUGGUUUCUGAUAGAUUACCUUUUCUGUAUGUGUUUCUGAUAACUCUGGGUUAGGUUUGCCCUUAUAUAAAUAUUCAUCCAGUUUCAAAA